AGGGCCCAUAGGAGGACAGGAGAGGUACAUAUACGGGGGCAAGAAGCCACACUCUCGACACCCACCCCUCCCAACAUACACCUACACAAACACCAUGCGCUCCACCCUCCUGUUCACAGCGGCGCUCGCUCUCCUCCCUAACCUCACCGCCGCUUUCCCGCUGAUGGUACAAACCCUCCCCAGGUCUGGCCUGUACAAGCGGGACGACUUCGGCGAAAUGUUUCCCCUUUCUCCGCGAGAGGAGUCCGAGCCUCUGUUUAGGCGGAGAGAUAUCUACGGCGAGGUGGUGGAGCUGAGUGAGAGGGAAGAGACGGCCGCGGCGAUCAGGAGCAAGUGGAGUCGGGAGUACGAGAGAGAGUACGAGAGGGACUACUGGGGCGAUGUUCCCAGUGCGAUGGAGUAGAUGCAACACGCAUGUCUCCAUGCGACGACCGAUUCAUGAACCUACAAGAUGACCAGCAUCUCCUCAGUUGAGUGCGCAACAUGUCAAGGAGCCACACCGAUACCCCGCAUAAUUUGUAUACCAAUACACUCGCAGAGCGAGUCCUUUUCCUAAUGUAAUUCCUAUUGUAACAGAA